AUGCACUCCCCAAUAUGGCGCCUACGCAUUCAUACCACACACCACCACCUCCUCCUCACCCAGCACCCCUCCCUUCAGCAUAACCCAAACAUCAACAGUCACCUACUGCGGCCCUCUUCUAAACCCAGACACCCUCCCCCCAUCCCUACACCCCUGGCUGACACGAACAACGACCACUCCUUCCGCGUUCCUCGCCCGCCUAGCCCCACUACCAUCCUUCGUACACGAGUUCGUCUCAAAAGCAGGCGUAGGGCAUUACUGGCUAUCGCUGCGUGCCACGACGCCGACGAGCGAGUUCGAGACGCCGCGGCGGCAUGUAAACGAAGAUUUCUUCGCGUUAGGCUCUCAGCGCGUAGUGUCUUACUACCUAACAAUUCAUCCAUCUACCUGUUUACCAUAACUUAUAGCCUUGUAAAAAAAGAACAGGUAUAA